CUCCGCGAUCUGAUUUAGCCACCAGCUUUUUACUUUCCAUACUUUUCAAUCCUCUCUUGUUUACUCGUGAAGAUCGAACGAACACCGCGAUUGAAAUCCCAUUGACUCUUGGUUCCUUUUGGUGUUUGAUUCUUCCAAGUUUCUAUCAUCUCGAAACCAUCUCCUUCCGAUAGAUCCCUGAGUUUACCUGUAAUCCCAACUCCAAAUAACCUUCCCCAAACAAUGAAGUUUCAAAGAUUUGGUGUCUGUGUCAUUGUAAUUAUAGGGCUUCUAUCCACAAUCGCUCAGUCAAUACGUUUCGAGCUCGAAUCAGGUCACACUAAAUGCAUAGCAGAAGACAUCAAGAGCAAUUCCAUGACAGUUGGUCAUUACUCCAUAGUUAAUCCCAACGAAGGACAGCCGUUACCUGAAUCUCACAGAAUCACUCUCAAGGUGACUUCAUCCUACGGGACUAGCUAUCACUCAUCUGAAAAUGUGCAAUCAGGGCAAUUUGCUUUUCAAGCUGUUGAAGCUGGAGAUUAUAUGGCUUGCUUUUACGCCAUUGAUCACCAACCAUCACUUAAGAUCCCAAUUGAAUUUGAUUGGAGGUCUGGUGUAGCUUCUAAAGAUUGGUCCAAUGUUGCCAAAAAAGGUUCAGUAGAUGCAAUGGAAUUUGAGUUAAAAAAACUAGCAGAUACCAUCACUUUUAUCCAUGAGGAGAUGUUUAAUCUCCGAGAAAGGGAACGAGAAAUGCAAGAGCUUAACAAAGUGACAAACUCAAGAAUGGCGUGGUUGAGUUUUCUUUCGCUCUUUGUUUGCUUAUCAGUUGCAGGAUCAAAGUCACACCGAGUAAUUUCUAAAAACGAAAAAUCAGAGAUUAUGAUAUUUAUGUUUAUUUAUGGUAAAAAGUUGCUUAUUUUCACUAUUAAUGUGGAUAAUAUAUUCUAG